AUGGCAUUGAUAGUGAGAGCUGUGGUUUUCUUGAUGGUGAUGGCAGCUUUUCAGGUGUCAUAUGCAGCUGUGCACAAGGUUGGGAACUCUGCUGGCUGGACCAUCAUUGGUAAUGUAGAUUACAAAAAGUGGGCUGCUACUAAGAACUUCCAAGUUGGUGACACUAUUAUUUUUGAAUACAGUGCCAAGUUCCACAAUGUGAUGCGAGUGACGCAUGCCAUGUACAAGUCAUGCAAUGCAUCAUCCCCCAUAACCACCUUCACCACUGGCAAUGACACCAUAAAGAUAACAAAUUAUGGUCACCACUUCUUCUUAUGUGGCAUCCCUGGCCACUGCCAAGCAGGACAGAAGGUUGAUAUCAACGUGCUGAGGAGUGUAUCUGCAGCUGCAGCACCAACACCAUCAUCAGCAAUGGCCACUCCAGUUCCAGCUACCAAUGUACCUGCACCUACUCCUAACAAUGCAGCCUCAUUGAUUGUUGUAAAGGGUACUGUUUGUUUGAUGAGUUUAGCCAUGACACUGCUUGCAGUUGCUGUUUCUACUUUCUAG